AUGUCGUUCAUUGGCCGAUUUAGACGAGAACGUGGUAAACUUGCGGCCGAUUCCGCAUCCGCAGGCCAACGUGGAACAAUCACGUCGGGAGGUCCGGCACGAGACCUUGCUAAUGCAACCUUUGGGAGAACUGCAGUACGCUGCUGGCUUGAAGGCAAAGGGAGGCGAUGGGGCAUGUAUGAAGGACACCUUGCGGCCAUAUUUGAAUUUGAGAUGGUGCCCGAAGAGUCACCAGGAUCAAAAUUGCACAAUUUCGAAUUAGCUCUCACAUUUUCGACAACUGGCAGAGAAGAUGGCACUCAGCUAGCACCGAGUUUGCCAGGUCAAGAAAGGGCCGUGUACCUCAUCCCGAUGCCAGCGCCAACACUUGUUCUCGGAUGGCCCACAACAAGACAAGUGAACCAAGUAGGAUCCUUCAACCCGACAGUAGAAUUUCCUGGUGGAAGCGCAGCGAUUGGAGCCCUGACAAGGAGCAGCGAGAGAACCAUCGAAAGAUGUUGGACCUUUCGAAGUGGACUGCGGGGGAGUGCCGACGGUAUCCCAGUAACUGCGACAUGGACCUGGGUAGCGAACCCGGACAAACUUCAGAGUGAAGAUCGAAACUUGCUGUAUGGUGGUCUAGCUUUGCAACAUGAUGGCAGUCCUUUCCAAGCCACAUGCCAGGUCACUGUGAAGAAGGGGAAACUUGGUAAUGUACGCUACUCGGGGACAACUCGGUCAAGUUCAUGGACUAUUGUGCCAGAUUUCUCACUUGAGGAACUUGGUACGUCGAUCAACCAGCUUGAGGAGAAAAUGACGAGACUAAACCAACGAGCGGCUGCUAGUAUGUCACACCCUUGUUUUACACUAUUGCCAGUCUGA